AUGAAGUCUUUCGUGGUUCUCUGUGUUUUUGGCGUGGCUGCUUUGGCAAGUUUUGCAACUGGUAAUUCUUAGUAUUUUAAAUUCCUGUGAAUAGUAGAAUGCAAUUCUUUAAGACAGUUCAGCGCUUGAUUUACUUUCAUUCAUAUGAGCUUUCAUCAUAACACACGGUUUUUAUGUGUAUGGUUGAAAAAAAAAUUGGUAUUGUGAGACUCGAGCAAGGCAGUUCGGUUUUCCUGCCCCUAAAUGGAGAGAAACUCAAUUUUAUUUUUUUCCAAACUCAUCCUAUUUUCGUUUCGACAUGUUUUUAAGGUUGUUCAGACCUUAAGUCAGGUUGUAGUUACUGGGCUGGCAAAGGAUACUGCAAAGGGAAAUAUGCAGGCUAUAUGUCCAAGAACUGCCAGAAGAGCUGUAAUCUGUGCAGCGGAUCAGGACCAGGACAAUGCGGAUACAAACCCAGUGUACGAAUUGUAGGUGGUACCGAGGCUCCUCACGGAGCUUGGUCGUGGCAGGCUCAAAUCAUGACAACCUAUGGCUUCCCAUUCUGUGGAGGAACCUUAGUUCAUCCACAGUGGGUUGUCACUGCUGCUCACUGUGUUCCGGGAAAAUCACCGAGUGACAUUCGCGUUAGGUGAGUCAAAGGCUAUGGGAUUUUAUAAUACACGCAUAUCUGAGUUUUAAGUUUUUUUGUUGGGCUAAAUAUUUGACUUUUGCUGAAUCAUAGCCGUGGACGACGAUCAAUUUGCGUGAAGCGACGAUUUCAAAGGGUUUAUACCUAACUGUCAAUCGUGUUCGCGAGAGGGUAACGUAAAAAGACUCCUUUCAGUGACAUAACCUGACAUUUCGACAUCUUUUGAGGAGAAAUUAGAAUUUUAAAACUUAUUAACUACAUCAUCAUCUUCUGCUUAUUAGUAUCGUAUAAUAGGCCUUUAGCUUGAUGUCAUUUAAACCACUACGAGUUAAAAUUAGUUUUCAAGAAGCAUUUGUAAAAAAAUUCAGAUAUGAAGUGAAUGAAAAGAAAGGUGCGACUAUUCCUUGUCAAAUAAAGGAAGUUAUUUUUUUCUCUAUCUUCAGACUUGGAGCUCAUAAGCGCAAGCAAAGCGUAGGAACAGAACAGUUAAUGGAGAUUGAAAAGAUCAUCUCACAUCAGAGCUAUAGAAGACCUUAUGGCAUGGCUCAUGAUAUCGCCAUGAUAAAACUGGCCAAACCUGCUCGGAUCGGCAAGUAUGUCAACUUGGCCUGCAUGCCUGGAUCAAGUGGAAGUGUUGCAGAUGGCAAGGAGUGCUGGGUUACAGGUUAGGGCAACCAAAUGUAAUAACUGUUAUUUGAUUGGAAAUUGUAGGAGGAGUAGAUUGGGGCCUGAUGGAAACAGAAAAACCAGGCAAAAUUUCAAUCGCAGUCGAAAUCUAAAGCAGGAAAAGAAACCGUUUGGAGCCAGAAGCAUGUGGAAGAGUGAUUUAGACUGAGCUGAAAGGCCUAAAAAUAAAGAAGCGGGAAAUCUUCCUUCUACAGUUGUGAAAUUGGAAGCAAAUAUAAAAAACCACAUCAACGAAAAAAAACAAAACAACAACAACGAAAAAAACAUUAGAAGAAACAGAAAAUGAAGAAAACCAAACCCCUUGAGUACCAAACAGCAUAAAAGCAGUCUCAAAAUAGCCUAUAUUUGAAAACCUACACUGAGCGGCUUUACAACGAGUCAAAAGAAUUUCUUAGCCAGUCUUUUAGGGGUGUUUUGUGAUUCCAAGUUGGCAACUAUACCCCUUGAUAACUGUGUAUUGAUUUCGUGGCUUCGUGGUAAUGUGGCCGUGCAUUAAAUUUUACAGUCAGUGGAUGUUUGAACCUUACAACCUAACAUUAGUAUGCAAGUGCUCCAUACUGUUCUUUAUACAUCAGUUUCCCAUGGUACUGUCAAAAACAAUAUAUCCAACAAUCAAGAGAUUCUUAAAUUGGCGAUCAUCUCCUUUACUGUCAUGACCUUAAAUAACGUUUGAUUCAGGGGCGAUGCUGUAAGAAGAAACUAGAUGCUUGACGUCACUCUUAGGGCUUGAAGGGAUAACUCUCGUAGAUAAUUCAGUUGAUGCAGAUACCUCUAUUUGUGCUUUGAUAGGAUUUGGAAGACUGUCGUCAGGCGGUAGUUCUCCAGACGUCCUCCAACAAGUUAAAGUCCCAAUCGUGUCUGACUCUAGAUGCAGACGAGCGUACGGCUCAUCAAUUCACGACUCCAUGAUCUGUGCUGGACUGGACCAAGGAGGCAAGGACUCUUGCCAGGGAGAUUCUGGAGGGCCUAUGGUAUGUGAAGCUGGCGGAAAGUUCUUCCUAGAGGGUGUCGUGUCGUGGGGUAUCGGAUGCGCCGCUCCAGGAAAAUAUGGUGUCUACGCCCGAGUCCGCUACUUGAGGAAAUGGAUUGAUGAAACAAUGAAUGCAUAUUAAAAAGGGAAAUAAAUUAAAUGAUUAUGAAUGAAAUAACUUGCUUGUGUUCCUUUUUUUAACCAGUGUUGCAUCAAGACAGGGCAAACUUUGAAGUAUAUCUUUCUUGUCUUACUUCCGAACAGUUCAGUCGAGACGUGUUACUUGAAACCAAAAACAUGGACAACCCCCAAAAUUAUUACCUUUAUUAAAUACGCAAAAAAAAAAUCGUUUCGAUAGUCUUUGGGUGCUGUCUUUCGAUAGGACUUUAAACAAUUUACAUGUUAACGUGAGACCUGUCACUAUUGCUUGUUCUAUUUUUUAAUUAAAAAUUAAAAGUUGAGACGUGAAAAGAUUCACCGAAUCAUCAUAAGAUUAGACGCUUAUACUCAAGAAUGCGAUAACCAAUUUUGUUUCUCGGUUUGACCACAGAACAUUUUCGGUAUCGAUCUGUCUACCUCAACGCAUUUCAAACGUGCAAAGUGACUCAAGAAAAAAUGUUUCAGGCCGAACGUAUGGGUGAAGUAAAACAAUUUUUCUUGGAAUCACAAAAAAAAUUAAUAUGACAUCAUGAUAUUUUCAAUGAAUAACUUUCGAUCGGAAGGAAGUUUGAUCUUUCGGCAGGGUAAUUCUCCCAAGCAAUUUCGAACGUUAUUAUGCAUACUGUUUGCUCAUAUUUACUGUUCUCUCGCUAAAACUCUCUGCGAGGUUAUCAAACACAAUUAGUCAAGUUUGAUUUGUAAGAGAAAUUUUCAAAUUCCCUUACUUUACUCCGUAUCCUGGCAUUGCUGCGUGGUGCGUUGUUUUUAAAGAGGAAUUCAUUAUCGAUAGUUGAGAAUAGUCGAAUUAAGAUUUGGUAACCAAGCAGAAAUAUGUACAGAGCGGAGACCAGAGGCAACGUUUAGAUAUAUGUAUAUGUGGGAUAUAUGUAUCGUAGCCAUGAAAUACGGACAGUAUCUCUUGAAAUUCCCCUGUUUGCAUGGAUUCUGUUCACAAUUAUGAAGAAAAUUUUAAAUCCUCGAGAAAUAUCUGCGCUAUCUAUAUCUUCGGCUUUUUUUCUUUUUCUGUGCCAUUUCCUUGGUUGUCAUGAGUGCAAAUAAAUAUUUUGGUGGGUGGCGGGGGUUUUGAACCAGCUUCCCACUUCAAUUGUCUCCAUGCUUUAUCAUUACCGCACAGCUUAUCACAAUAUUUUCAGGCCACUCUUGAAAAAUGAAAACAGUGUAGCGUUUUUGCCUAGUCAUGCGUGUUUUUGAUGGCCUAAAGAGUAACAUAAAAUCGAGCUAUUAACCUGUGUGUGGUGACAAAUGAACUGCUUUCUGUAACUCGAACCAUUUUUGAUAACUCGAAUUCUGAAAGAAAACAAUUCUGUCUUUGGAAAAUGAUUUGUUUACUCAGAUCGCCUACAAGUUCUUUUACCUUUUCGCCAAAGAACAAAAGAAUCAAUUGCGUGUCCUCUCGAAAUUCAUCUUUUAGAUGAAUUUCAAAGCUACUCAAGUACAUUUUUUCUGAUUCUAACCGGUGUGCUUGUUCAGGCCAUGUCCUACAUAAAAUGAAAUUAAAAAUAAAGAAAACUGAUGAUGUUCUUAGUCCACAAGCCAUUUUUGGAUUGUUGUGAAAGCAGUCUAUCAUGAAAACUUUAUUGUUUCUCUGUGUUUUAGGCAUCGCAGUCUUGGAAAGUUUCGUACACGGUAAGAUACAUUUUUGAAAAUCUAUCAUUUUAUCAAUAAUGAACACAAUCUCCGUGUCCUGAAAAGAUUCUUUAAACUUAUUGUGUUUAUUAUUUCUGAAGAUUGCAAACUCGUGUGCAGUAUCUAUUGUGGUCUUUCCUUUACCCAGUUUAUGUACGCCGAAUUCCAAGUUAUUUAUUCUUUUAAUUCUAUUACUGUUUCUAGGUUGUACCGACAAAAGACGAUACUGUACCGUCAUGGCAAAAAUGGGAUACUGCAAUAAGAAAAGUGUCUCAAAACAUCUGAGAAGGAACUGCAAGAAAAGCUGUAGUUUGUGUGGCGGUGGAAGCGGUGGAGCAGGACAGUGUGGAUUCAAGCCCGGUGCGCGAAUUGUCGGUGGCACCGAGGCCCCUGAAAGAGCUUGGCCGUGGCAGGCCCAAAUCCUAUGGUCAACUUCUGGUAAUCAAUUUUGUGGAGGAACUUUGGUCCAUCCCCAGUGGGUUGUUACAGCUGCACACUGCGUUUACAAGGAAACUGCCUCAAAUAUCCGUGUAAGGUGAGCUGAUGAAUAAUAACACUCUUCGUCUCCUCGUGGAUGGUGACCUGUUGCAAACUGAAGGGAGCAAGAGUCUUGUUUUCAUUGCUAGCGUGGAAUAAUGUAGCCAUAUACCUCGUCAAGGGAAACAUUUUCGUUCUGUAGACGCAUUUUUUUAAACUGCUGCUUAAAAGAAUAACGGAAGAUGCCAAAUUCCUUGUAGAGGGAACUAAAACGAGAUAUACCAAAUUUGUUCAUGCUAGUUAUUUUCAUCGAUCACGGGCAGACUACGUCCCCGAACAGAAUAACGUGUGUCUUGAGCAGCCACUUGAGGGAUUAGCCUCGAUUUGGGUGCUUCUGCAAUCCAUUGUUUUGCUUUUUUUUUUCAGUAAAUUUGUUGACAUUGAUAAAUCACCACAUAAUUCCAGUCAAGGGCUAGAAAUUACCAAGAAGUUUUUUAAUCAAAACCUUCUCAAUUCUUGAAAUUAUAUAAGACUAUAACCUUUGUAAGAAGGCCAUAGAUCAAGAACAAAUUUAUUAAGUUAUGAUCAUAAGAAGACUUUUUUUGACACCAUUUUUUCAAGGAAACAUAAGUAAGUGUUGUAGAAUCGAGUGAUUAAAGAAUAGGGUAUUUGAAAUAAUGAAUCCGUUUUGCACUAAUUUAAUGAUGAUCGCGUACAGGGAUGUUACCCCAUCAGUCUCUGAGAGACCUCAUCUCGCAAGUAGAGUGGGUAGCCUAGAACUGAACACAUAGCACCUAAGUAAGGGCAUGGCUGGAAUAAACUCUUUUCAUGGUUAACCCUAUGCAUUGUAAAACAAAUAGUCAUCAUCAAGCUACAAUAAUCUUGAUUCAUGAUUGUACCUCAUUUGGCAGACUUGGAGCCCAUUACCGAAAUCGCAGAUUAAAAACGGAACAGGAGUUCCAGAUCAAAAAAGUGAUUUAUCAUAACAGCUACGGGAAACCGAAAGGUUUUGCUCAUGAUAUCGCCUUGUUGAAACUGACCAGGCCCGCUAAAAUUAGCCAAACCGUCAAACUGGCUUGCCUGCCUGGUUCAAAGGGUCGAGUUCGAGAUGGGAAGAUGUGUUGGGUUACAGGUAAUUAAACGUUCGCUUGGAGUUUUAUAUUUGGACGGAGGUCUAUAUUAAGCCUGAGCUUCAACCGUAGUGCAGUCGAACCUUUAUUAAUCAGCACCGCAUUAAGUGGUCACCUUGUAUUAAGCGGUUAGUUUUCACAGUCCCGAAAUUUUUUCCCAUAAUCACUGUAACUUCCACCUGUAUUAAGCGGUCACCUCUAUUGAGCGGUCAUGGACACCCUUUACUGAGUCCCAACAGCCUUUUUCUAUGGUCCUCCACCUGUAUUCAAGAAUAACCCAAAGAAAAAUCUCAGAGCGAGAUAACUGAGUGAAGCUUUCAAGAAAAAUUGAAGCCGUGUUUAUCUUCCCAAGUCAAUGUUAACGGUAUUUUUGAGCGCUCUUUUGUACAAUAAGUGGUCAAUUAUGGCAUAAAAUGCCUUUUUAUUUUUUUUAUAAUACCAAUUUUCUGUGAAACCUGUAUUAAGAAGUCAAUUAGGAGCCGCUAAUUACAAGUUUGACUUUAUAGUGCUGUAUAAGAGUAAAGAGCAUUGCGAUGUUACGUGAAAAAGUAAACUGUUCAGGUCUCCUUAAGUGCACCCUAUAGAAGAGAGAAAAAUAUUCAAAUAUUCUUAGUUGGAGGCUACAUGAGUUAGCUGGUUUUUUCGUUAUCUUUCUAGAUUACACUGUCUGAAUGGAGAGGGAGACCUACGAGGGGUUACCACAACCACUUUGCUUUACCCAAAGCAUAUACCAUAUAUUCUCUGUUCUAAACUUAUUUUUUUAGAGAACUGGAACCAUUCCUUUAACCUCUCAGCCCAAAGCCUUUAGCUGCUGCCAACAUUUUUUCAGCCUUUAUUUCAUUGUUUUUUGUCAUCUCGCCAAUGUUGUAAAAUGUUGUAAAACAAAGUAACUUUAUUUUCUUUUGCGUUUCAUAUUUAAGGCUUUGGACAUUUGUCUUAUGAAGGUUCUCCAUCGAGUGUUCUAAUGCAGGUGUCAGUUCCAAUUGUCAGUGACAGAGAAUGCAAAAAGGCUUACGGAGUACGCAUCCACAAGUCAAUGGUAUGUGCUGGACUACCACAAGGUGGAAAAGACGCGUGUCAGGGAGAUUCGGGAGGUCCAAUGGUGUGUGAGUACGGUGGAAAGUUCUUCCUCGAGGGUAUUACUUCGUGGGGAGUUGAGUGCGCUGCUCCUGGGAAAUAUGGUGUUUACGCCAAGGUCCGAUACCUGAGGCCGUGGAUCGAUCGUGUUAUGCGAAAAAAUUAAGACUCAGGUUAUUAGUGACACAAUAAAAGAAAUAAAAGAAAACGAAAACAAAUUUUGGUGUUUGUUGAUUAGUAGAAUUGCUAAGAAACGAAAAAAGAGUGAAGAACUAGAAAACGAAACGAAUAUCGAGAAUUUUUACGGUGAACGCAAAUGUGAAUUGAUAGACUGACUGACAAAAAUAAUAUCGGUGCAACCAGGUUGCUAUCUCAUAAAAUAGAAUGAUAAAAAAAAUUAUAAAGGAAUCAAUAGGUUCAAGGUUGCAGUAUCAAAAGCUGCCAACGUUGCUAGGCACAUAUCAGUGAUACAAUGAAAAAAUAUAUUCAAAAGACUGCUGGCUUACCUUUCAAUUUUUUUAAUUAAAGUUUUAUUUCAGAAAAGAGCAAAUAAUUAAUUAAUACUGGAUCUUCUAAAAUGAUGUCCUUGAUUAACUGGAAUCAACAAAUGUCCCUUCUUUACGACUUUCUAUCGUAUUGAUGAGAAAUGCAAAUUCCACUGUUACUGAUUGGUUUCUUACGCACUGCCAUAAAACUAAUGAGAUUCGUAAAUGUUCAUUUUACGAUUCAUUGAGGAAAACCUCAAGACAACAAACGUCUCCUUGUGCAACUGCAAAAUUGCAAAAAUCAACUCAUAUCAAAUACAAGAUAAAUAGAGAAUAAUACAUGGCGCGCGUAGAUAAGGAAUUUCUCUUCGAGUGUUUAACUCGAUAGCUCACGAGCGAGAUGUCGAGAUGAACACGAGAAGAGAAAUUCCAUAUCUACAAGCAACCAUGUAUUAUUUUGUUUAUCAUAUAAACACAAUAGCACUUUACUGGGAGGAAAAGCCGACUUCAUUGAUUAAUAAAAAUAAAUGAAUCGACAAUCCUCGAAUAACAAUCGUAAAGUGCGUUGGCGCUGACUCUUAAGAUGGAAAAAUGCGUUGAAUCAUGAUUACAAAAACAACAAUGGUCAUAGUUUCGAUUUCCAAAAUUCUCAUUUAUUGGCUUUAUCCUUACAGACAGAAGAAGUCUCUCAGAUAAACGGCCAAAAUCGGCUAGUGGCAAAUCUUCCGGUUGUCGAUUUUCAUUCUCAGCCGAGAGAAAUGCUAACGCCAAAGCCACUGAAUACGCAACUUUCGGUUUUUCUUUUAGUAUAUUAGUUUUCUUCCUCUUCUAGGAAAGUUUGAACCUCACUGUCUGUCAGCGAUACGGAUUUUUUUAGUGUUUUAGCCGCCAUAAUUCGAGAAAGCUCGGACAAACAACUUGUAAUGAGAAUCGUGAAGGCUUUGCCAUUCAUUCAUCAACCUGACCGAGUGGUGCCAAAGGCGAGUGACGUGUAAGCAGCUAAUUGAGUAUAUCAACACGCGUGAAAAAAUACGAUAUUUUUUCACGUGUGUUGUUACGGCUUUUCUCAGGGCCGGAAAUCCUUGUAUAACACCGCAGUUUAUGUGAUAAUUUGAUUUUAUCAACUGAGUUGAUAAUGUAGAUUGGCCACCGUAAACAUUUCUUAAGCCGACGUUUCGUGCGUUAGCCUCACGAAGGGCCAGCACUCGAAACGUCAGCUUUAGAAAAUGUUUACGGUGGCCAAUCAACAUUACCAAAUCAGUUGAUAAAAUCUAAGUAUCAUGUGUACCAUGGCAAAAAAUAGUCUUAAAGGCAUGAGGUGUAAUUGCGUUGGCAUCCGUAAAAUGUUACUUAAAUAUCACAAAAGACAGCUUUUAGAAGCUUUUGGAUGGAAAAUAAUUUCUUCAGAAGACUGGGGUAUUCGAUGACACAGUCUAAUAGAAGCAGGGAACAGAGGGGAAGAGAAAGCGAAAGGAAAUUGAAGAGAUCUGGAAUGGCGGGUGUUGAUUCCCUUCCCGCCCUUUUGUGUACAAGUUUGAAUGAAUCAUGUUGAAAAAAUUCGUUAAAACAUCCAAUAUUUGCGUUUCGGCACCCGCAGUCUUCUUAUCAGUCUCCAAAAUUACGAGAAUGCCAAAGUUCUGAAACAUUAAAUUGUUCAUGGAACAUUGCUUGAGGUUGGUCAGAGACAAAUCACCAAAAGCAAAAUUUAUCCAGCCUUUGCGACCAAUGUUGUUCUCCUUCUCAGCAGGCUAGUUCUUUAUCGAAUAUAGUGUGUUUUAAUCACUGAAGCAGUUUUGUUCACUUAGAAUCGUCAUAGGCGGAGUUUCACCUUUAUUCCUUUAGGGAAAAAUUGAUGUGAAUGGCCUUGGCUUUGAAAUAAUUUACCCAGACUGUCCAGAUGUCUACAUACAUGUAUUCAAGAUACACGAAUUCAAGAAGAAACGUCUAUCCAUUUACCUGAACGUUAUAUGAAAUCUGACUUAUCUGUGUUAUUUCAGGCGUGAAUGGUUCAAAAUUAAAAUAAAAUAACCCAGAGUCCUUUUUGUUUAUCUCAAAACUAUUCUUUUUUCUACCUAAGACAAGGAGAAGCUUUUGAUCGCAGUUCACUCCAGGUAGAUUUUAAAUGGCGUCUUCUACAUGUAUGCCAGUGAUAUAAAUUGGUAGCAUUUUCGUAAAUGCCAUUUUUCUUCCUGAGAUAAGCCUAUUUAACUGUACACCAUAAAUACAAUAUAUUUACCUUAUGAAAUCUUCAUGAAUGCUGCUGUUUACCCAGACCCAAAAGAAAUCUUCCCAUGACGCCUUUGACUGACAUACCAAUGCGCAGACGUUUCCAAUUUGUUCAGGCUGUCGUUCAGCUUGCGAUAAUCGAGAUAAAAGAAAUGGAGCUAAGCAUAUCUUCACUUGCCAUUUUGAAGCGAGUUUGAUCUCAAUCAUGAAGUUCACGAUGAAGUUCCAUGUCUUGGCCAUUGCUGUCUUUGCCAUUCCUGCAAUAUUUGCUGAGGGUAAAUGACUCACUAUUUGAUAUUCUUUCCAUUCCUUUCAUGUAGCGGUAGAUAGUAUAACUACCUUCCACAGUAGUGGUCGGAGAUCGUUUCCCACACCUCUGGUGUCGCACGUGGGUUGGGCUUUUAUCAGUUCUCGUCCAUGCUCGUCUGGUGGUUUUAAUCUUUAUACAAAAUCACUGAGUUUCUAAAAGCUAUUUAGGACGGAAAUUAUUUACGAAUGAAUAUACAGAAGUUAGAUUAUUAUUGCAAUUUAUCUGUUUGUUAUCUAUGAUAAUUUAGACAUUCUUGCCGAGAAAUAUUUUGUGUAUCGCAAUGCUGUUGAUUUGAGAUCACUUCUGGAGCGAUUGUUGCUUAUAUGUCUUUCAGUUUGUGAGGACAGAACAGUAAACUGUGCUGAUUACGAAAGUUAUUGCAAAGUAACCAAUUGGGUAGAUUACAUGCAGAGAAACUGCAAGAAAACCUGCGGCUAUUGUAACGGCGGAGGAAACGGCGGCGGAGGCGGUGACGGUGGAAAUGGUGGUGGCGGAGGAGGAGGCGGUGGUGGUAACGGUGGAAACGGUGAGUGUGGAUAUAAACCAAGCGCUCGAAUUGUUGGUGGUAGUGAAGCACCCAAAGGAGCUUGGCCGUGGCAGGCCCAGGUCAGAUCAAGAUCCGGUUUUACAUUUUGUGGUGGAACUUUGGUUAGCCCUCAAUGGGUUGUUACAGCAGCUCAUUGCACGUCGGGUAAAUCUUCCUCAAGCAUUCGUGUAAGGUAAAAUCAAUAUAAUUUAAAUAAGCUGUGAAAACUUCUUGAUAAUCUUCUCUUGUUUCAAUGGGGCAGCACAGAAAUCAUUACGCCCUUCAAGAAACUAAAAUUAAUAGCUAUGUAAAACUGAAAACGUCCGUUAGUUGUUUUUAAUGUUAUUUCAAAAGAAGGUCCAUCUUCUAUCUUUUUCUGAAGAAAGGGUUAUACCUAAAUAACACGGAAAAGAUGUUUUCCGAUGAAGUCAGCUUUAAACUUUGCUGGAGAUGAAACAGUACUGAUUUUAAAUUGCUGACGGGUUAAGAAAUUUGAUGAAAGCAAUGACAUAAUCAUUGGGAACUUUUCGUUUGGCAGACUUGGGGCACAUUACCGCAAAGGUAACGAAGGCUAUGAACAGGAUUUUGAAGUGGAACGAAUCAUUAAUCACCAUAGCUACAAAAGACCUUACGGCAUGGCCCACGACAUUUCUUUGUUAAAACUGCGCAGGCCUGCUCAGAUAAACAGACAUGUAAAAUUGGCCUGUUUACCAGACUCAAGUGGAGGAGACCUGGAUGGAAAGAUGUGUUGGGUGACAGGUAAUAAAUACGAAUGACACUGGCAAUAAAAAAAUCUUCACAGCAAAUUCAAACCAUCACCCAAGUUUAGUAGCAACGUCAAGGACCUUGUAAAAUUCACUUGACCAUAGGUUGGGGGCUGUUUUUUAAUGGUGGAAAAUGUAAGAAUGAAAAUAGUAAUAUUAAGAAAACAGACAUCUUUAAGGUUAGGAGUUUAGCUCUUGCAAGGAAUAAGCUUUAUCUUUUAAUUUUUUUUAUUCGUUUGCUGUGCGAUGUGUUUGUGUUGAAAGAAAGUAUUUAUGACGGUUGGUCAGUUAAUUAGUUUCCCUUUCCGGUGUAAAGUUCUUUUUUGUUUUGUAUUUCAUCUUCUUUAAUAAUCACAGGCAGCCUUCACUUACAUCAAUCAAACAUAACCCAACUCAAAUAUAUAAUGAUAAUAGCUGGAAGGUAACGUUUAAAAGAUUGAUGUGUGAAGUCGAAUCGAAGCGACACAAGGUAAAAUUGACAGCUUUGUGAGGCUAGGCUAUAGUUGUUGCUUUUCACUUCAUUUAGUGGAGCAACUAUGACUGUUGUUUUCGACACCCAAAUCUAACGUUAUCCUUGAUCUUUUUUUCCAUCCCAUAGGAUUCGGUACUCUGUCCUCAGGCGGUUCUUUGGCUCAAAUGCUCAUGCAAGUUGACGUACCAAUUGUCCCGCAGUCCCAGUGCAAGCAGGCAUAUAGUUCCAUUCACGAUUCCAUGAUAUGCGCUGGAUUGUCCGAAGGAGGUAAAGAUUCCUGCCAAGGAGACUCAGGUGGUCCUUUGGUGUGCGAAUUUAAUGGCAGGUUCUUUCUCGAGGGAGUUGUAUCGUGGGGACAUGGCUGUGCUACUCCGGGGAAAUAUGGCGUUUACGCCAGGGUCCGUUACUUGAGGCAAUGGAUUGACAAUACAAUAAGCAGUUAUUAAAUAAAAAAGUGGUGACACUGCAAAUAAAAUACAACAAUGUCUCAAAAUUUUUUAUUACGGCUUUACAAGUAGUUGCCUGGUAAAGAGUUUAUCAAUUACGCCGAUCGUUACUCUUAGCGUGGCCUCAUCGAUUCCCUCUUCACAGCGUCACAUAGGUUACUCUAGCUAUUAUAAGUGUUGAUUCGUUUAAUAGAACUCUUUACGAGACCUAGAUAACUUGUCUUUAAAUGGUUUCGUUCUUUUCGAAAAGAAGUAUAGGAUUGCUAUAGAACCGACUAACAGUACAGCUUUCAGAAACAGCCUUAAUUUCAGCUUCAGAGAUAUGCAUGUCACUUAAAAAUGAAUUUGGUGAGCUCCCCUUGAAUUUCAAGUGCAAUUAGCCGAUCAAGAUCAUUUUUUUGUUAUGUUUUUCUUCUACACCGAACUUUUGUUUGGAAUCCCUCUUUGAGUCUUCGUCAUUCAGAUUUCACUAUUUUUAUCCUCGUUGAUAUUUGUAUCAUUGUUUUUAUCAUUUACAUUUUAGAUUCAAAACAUUAAAACUGCGUGCUAUUUCUGCCUUUUAUUGGAAGCUUUAGACCAUUGGCAUUAGGGAUAAGAGAUAUACGCUAUCGGGUUUUCAUUUCCGCUCGGGACAUCCACGGAUAGUUCUGAGUGUCAUUGCCCACGGUGCGGCACACUCUAAGAAAUACAGUAGGAUCCAGGCCAAACCAACCCCUUCAGUCAGAUAUAGUUGCAAAUGCUUAAAAGAGGUCAAGCGCUCUCCUAAAUACACACUGAUAUUUAUUUUCUUGUAAAAAAAAGUAAUAUAACGGAUACAAAAGAAAUGGGCGACCUCGGUGAGGAUUCAGCCCAGAGAAAGCUGAAUUUAUCAUAUCCUUUUCUUUUAACAAAUAAAGUCGAAAAAAGGAUAGCCUCAUGUUUUCUCAGUUGGUUUACUUUAGGUUAUAAUCGUAACUGAGCCAACAAAUUCUUUCAGUUCUGUAGAUCUUGUAAUUUAAAGAACGUCAAAUGUAAAUGGAAAAUAACAGAUCAUAAUCUGCCCAGUUUUUUCUCUUAUUUUUCAUUUUUGAGCUAAAGAAAAAGAGUUCGCUAUGCAGCUAAGUGUAAACGGUUUCUUACUUCAAGCUAUUCUUAUAGAUGGCCUAGGUUGAGUAGUUUUAAUUGAAAUUCUAUUGGGUUUCCAAUCAAAUUUCUUAGAACCAUGUUGCUUUACCAGGUUAGCCAGAUGUUCUGGGUUCAUCAAAAUUGCCGUGAAAACGUUUUGAAUGUUCAUAAAAUUUCACUUUCUCUGUGUUUAAACAGCCACCAAACUUUACCCUCUGAGAUGUCAAAAGACAUUUUCUGAAAUCAUUUUUAAAGCAAGGUUAGCUUUAGUUAUUUGCUGACUCUCCCUGCUUUAGUUGUUCAGUUGAUCAAUCUUCGUACGAAGCUAAUAAUAUAAUGCGGCAAAAGGAGAGUUCUUUCCUUAACAAUUCUACGACGACAAUCAUGAAGAUUUGGAUUCUCUUAGUCUUCGGCGUCUCUUUGGCAAGUCUUACACAUGGUAAGUUAAUUAUCUUCGUUAAACUCUGUUCUGUCAGUAUUUUUAAACAGAACAGCCAUGUUGUUUUUCUGAUUCGCGAAGUGAUCAUUAUCUUCCUUUGAGCACAUCAUAUCAAAGUAAAAUUUCUGCCACAUGAUUAUAGUUUGAUAACUUUGUAGACUAUGUAGACUUUGCAGUCCAGAUGCUGAAAACAAAAGAUAAAGAUAAGCUUGCGCGAACUCCCUCUUAGUUCAUACUUAACAUUCUAACCAAAUAACUAGAUCUCCUGGAAGCUUCCUUUCCUUUGUUGUAGGGACUUCCCCAAUCUGGUGGAACUGAGAUCCUGAGAUUUUUCUCCCUGUUUUGAUUUUCGUCAUUUGGGAAUAAUUGUAUCUACUCUCAAAUGUUUCAUUCCAAAUUGAAGACGUCAUCCUUACAGCCAAAUUGUGAAAAAAGGUGGAGAUAAUAAGAAAAGUUUUUCUUAUAUAAAUUUAAGGGUGUGAGGAUGUGAACGUAGACUGUAUGAAGUGGAAGCGUGGAGGAUAUUGCCCGAAGUGGAAAGAUUACAUGAAAAAAUACUGUAAAAAGACAUGUGGAUUCUGCGAAGGUGGUGGUGGCAACGGUGGAAAUGGUGGCAAUGGCGGUAAUGGUGGCAACGGAGGUAACGGCGGUGGACCACCAACUGGUGGCUCAGGAGACUGCGGAUACAAGCCUCACACUCGGAUUGUCGGUGGUACAGAGGCUCCUCGAGGAGCUUGGCCAUGGCAGGCUCAAAUCACGCAACCUCACGGCUUCCCAUUUUGCGGCGGGACACUGGUGAAUCCUCAGUGGGUGGUAACUGCAGCUCAUUGUGUCUCGAAAGACACACCAUCGGGCAUUCGUGUAAGGUAUGUGGUUCAGCUUUGGUAAAUUACCCCAGUUGGCUAGCAAUGAACGAAAUAUAGAAUGCUGCUAACAAGAACAUGUUCUGUAUGACGUUUACUAGGGGCGUCAGUAAGAAUAUCGCAAGGUUAUAGAGGGGGAAGUAAUAGUAAUGGUAAGAUUUGUUGUUUCUGUUUUUAGUAUUUGCAGCACUUUCAAUAACCAUCUUUUUGCUUCUCUUUGUUUUGUUUUGUUUUUUCAUUUCCGUGUUUUAGAAUGGGAGGCCACAAGCGUCGAGGUCCUGAGGAGACAGAACAGGUUUUGGAGGUCGAAAGGAUUAUUAAUCAUCACAGUUACAAAAGACCGUAUGGUAUGGCUCACGAUAUCGCCAUGUUGAAACUGCGUCGGCCCGCUCAAAUAAACCAACAUGUCGGAAUGGCUUGCUUGCCUGGGUCAAGUGGAAGGGUUCCAGAUGGGAAGAAUUGUUGGGUUACAGGUAAAUGCAUCAUGUGGUCUUUACCUACAAUGCUCUCAGGAGGAGAGGGAAUGGACUCGCCGUGAACAAGAAUACCAUGAUGAAAUUGCUUGUAGAAUUUAUGAGGGAUAAAAGAUGUAUUUAUGAAUGCGUAAGAUUCUAUCAUCAUUUUGAAGAGUUUGGAAUUUAUAUAGCUCGCGACAAAGGAGGGUCUGAAUGGGGUGAUGGCUUUUAUGGUUAAGGGCUACAAUUUAGGCCAAUUUACGACUUCCAUUAAUUCCUUUCCAUUGCUGUUAAAAGAAAAAUGUUUUGAUCAAAACUUUUUUUGCCGUUUAACGGCCAACGGUUACCCCCAUUGAGAUCCUCGAAUUUUAUUUAAUCGUAAAUGUUGCGUUUACAUACUGCAGGUUUUGGAAGAUUGUCAUCCGGUGGUAGCUCUCCUAAUAGGCUCAUGCAGGUCUCUGUACCAAUUGUCAGUGAAAGUAAAUGCAAAAGAGCAUAUGGCUCGUCCAUCCACGCCUCCAUGGUCUGUGCUGGACUCGAUCGCGGAGGCAAAGAUUCGUGUCAGGGUGAUUCAGGAGGACCAAUGGUGUGCGAAUACAACGGAAAGUUCUUCCUAGAGGGUGUCGUGUCGUGGGGAAGUGGAUGUGCCAAACCAGGGUACUAUGGAGUCUACUCUCGAGUCCGUUAUUUGAGGCAAUGGAUUGAUAGUACAAUGAGCCGAUAUUAAGGAUUAGUAUUUGAAAAGUAAUAAAAAACAUCGACCUACAUUUGAAUUUGUUUGUAUGUUGUUAGAGAGUAAUUUCGUCCUAAUAGCCAGAAAUAGGAUCAUACGACCUUUCGGAUUUUUCAAACUCCUGAAAAUUAGUUAUCCCAACCCUAAAAACGAACAAAUUACGAAAAAUUCAACUCUAAAGAAGGAAGUGAGUAAAGAUUAAUAACUUAAAGCAGCGUUUUAUAGUCAAAAGGGCUAACAAUGAUAAUCUUUUUAUAUUAAAGUUUCUGGAUCUAUUAUGAAAAGUAGGGAGGUUAUUACGAUCAAUUGUGCUGGAGACUUGGAAAGUUUCAUUUGUACUUUGCAAACUUCAGGGUGCUUUGCAUUAUUAUUAUUAUAUUUUUUUUGAGAUGAAAUACCUCUUUCAUCAUUUACCACUUUCCUGAUCAGAGAUAGACAAAUCAGUUGAGAAUACUAUGGUUUAAAGUUGUGAGUAACCUGCCUAGGAAUUCAAAAUUAUUUCUGCUCUUUCUUAUCCCCGUUCAAACUGGUGACAUAAAUGUGAGAGGGGAAUUGGAUUUUGAAUCUUCGGUUUUCGGUUUUGAUAUAUGAUGUCUGUUUUACUCUUUUGGAAUAAGGUUUUUGUUCUUCGCCAGGUUAUUUCCCAUGCAUCAGCAUCCUACCUCAGCUUGUCUUGAAUCCUUCGUAAUACGUUUGGUUAGUUUUUGUCUGGUUCCUUGGUUUGGAUAGGUUUAUUUGUUUCCAGUCUAGCCCAGAGGCCUCACUUAAAAUUGCAUCAGCUCUCACGGCUAGCUAUCUCUAUGGACGUCACAGCCUGAGAAAUCUAUAUUUCGCAUAAUACAUUCAACAACCAUUACAUGCGCCUCCUUAGAUAGUUGUUUAUGAGGUUAGUUUUCUGUAAACGGCUACCCAUUCCCUCUUGAGGUAAAAGCCCUCUCCUCAAAAAUGAAAACGUAGCCUUUCACAGCUAAUCAUCCCUCAGCUCGAGCAUUUGCCAAAAACUUUGCUUGUUGGAGUGGCAAAUAAACGACGUAUUCGAGGGCCAUUAUCAAAUUUUUAUAUGAGUUAAGAUAUUCUAUAUUCCACGGAUUCAAUAUAAGAACUUGCUUGGCAAUUUUAGAGCGUGGUGUUAAUGUAUUCCUCGAACCGAAGAAAUGAUAACUAUAAAUGAGUAAACGAGUAUUAUCUUCAAGAAAGGAGGUUGAUAUAGUGUGAUGUUAUUGAUAAAUUAAAACUUUGCACAGCUCCUAUUCACGGUCAGGCAAGCGGUACCGACACUGCUUAAACCUUGAAACUGAAAAAUCCGAAUCUAACUUUGUACUUUUUAUGUCAUUUUGCAACAAAUGCAAUCAUGUCACCCAAAUGAUUUUUGUUUUGUGAUCAUGAGUAUGUAAUUGUAUAUUAUCUACAGAAUAUAUUUAAAAAAAUGUCACCGAUGUGUUAAUGAAAAAUAAAAUUCUAUUUCAUCAAUUUGUUCGGUUUGGAUAGGGUUCUUGACUCCAGCAGAUUGAAAUUUCAUGUAGUCGGACAUCGAAUAUAGAGCUGUGUCAAUGUUAUACAACAUGUGUAUAAUGUUAUAGAUAAAUAUUAUUUGUACUUAUCUUAGAACUGUAUUAAAUUUCUUGGUAGCUUGUUAAACCAUUGUCCAAUUCCUUAAAAAGAGAUCCGAUAUUUGUUUGUCCAUAUGUGAAAUUUCAUCAUUGCUGUUUGGCUAAGGACAAAAUUUAAUUUUGGACAUCGCGUUUGAGAAUGGCUGUGGUAACUCGUGUUUAGUAAUCUUGUCUCUGUGCUUAUUCAGGAUGUGAAUAGAAGUUAUGACGUUGCUGAUAUAAAACGCUACAAUAGAAGGUCCCUAGUCACUCAAAGAUUGCUUCAGUUCGCAUAUAUCAUGCACUCGAGAGUUUUUCUCUGUGUUUUAAGCGUUGCUUUCCUAGCGAGCUUCGCGCAAGGUAAUUGGUAUGUUUUUUUUAUUAUUUACCUCUAUACAACUAUCAGCGCUAUACUUAUAGUUAUUAGUUAGGGGCCAAAUGGCGAGAUAGCCCAAGAAAUCACGGGGUUUAUUAAGCUCGGGCUUCAUAAACUAUCAUCAUUUCACCUAUAAAAAUUGAGCGACAAUAGCGAAAUAAGUGAAUAUAUUACAAUAAUUACGAGCCAAUCAAAAACAGAACAAAGCAAAAAAGAGAAAUCAGAGAAAAGCGGAAACUAAGAAAGAACGUAUUUUUUCAUCCUAUAAAAAGUUGUCACACUUAUUGAAUCUUGAAAGUCUGAGUUGAGUUCAUUGAAAAAAAACAUAGUUUUUUAGAGAAGCUUGCAAAUACGAUGUCUCUGGUUGGUUGAUCUUUUAAAGAAACAACGAAUACACAAAACUUUUCCUCCUCAGUGUCAUCAAGAUUAACCUUUGUUUACAGUCCUCAAAAUACCUAGUGCUAAACAUAUUUGAUCCUCAGGCUGUGAAGAUAGAAGAAGAGAAUGUUCAGGCUGGGCACGAAGAGGGUUUUGCUCCGGAAAAUAUGAACAGUAUAUGAAGCAAAAUUGUCAAAAGAGCUGUAAAUUUUGUGGAGGCGGUGGCGGAGGAGGCGGAGGAGACGGAGGAGGUGGCGGUGGAAAUGGUACGUUGCAAAUGAUGUUGUAAAAAAGCUGUAUUAACAUCUUGUAAUCUUGAAAAAUUUAGUCCUUUUUCACUCUUAUAAAUACCCAGUCUACCUGAUCAUUCCUUUCUUUCUUUCUGGUUUAUAGUUAUGCUUGUGCAUCGAUAUCAACCAAAAACUUUUUAAAGACGUAAUUUCAAAGUUGUAGUUGCAACUGAAAAAGUAAUGUGUUCGCUUCUUUGACACAGCUUCGAUUGUUUACAGGCGAGUUGGGCGUGACAGUUGUAAUUUUUAAGUCUUCUAUCAUUAUAUAUGAUUCAAGUUAUUAUUUUUAAAAUCGAAUUGAAGCCUGGAGCAAACGAAAGAACUCGACUAAUCUGUAAAAAAUAGAAAAAGGACUAUGCGAAUUAGUCAGCCCUCAGAGAGCUCUUGUAUUUUACCUCACCGGUUCUUCACUCUUUAUUAAUUCAGAUUUUUCAUUCUAAUAUCUGUUUUAUCUUUGCGUGAUCCUAUAAAUUGAUUUUCGUUUCUAUAUAAAAUGUCAACCACCAAAUUUGCUAGCAUCAUUACUGAUUUACAGAAUAGAAAAAGAGAUAUUAUAUUUUGCAUAAAGCCUAAAUAUUCCUGGUCUUAGAAUUAAUCAGCAACUUAAUGUUUGCCAUCUUUAUAUUCCCUGUCCAGGACAAUGCGGAUAUAAGCCAAGUGUACGAAUCGUCGGUGGUAGCGAGGCCCCAAGAGGAGCUUGGCCGUGGCAAGCCCAGGUCAGGUCGAGUAACGGUUUUACAUUUUGUGGAGGAACCUUGGUACAUCCCCGCUGGAUUGUUACUGCUGCUCACUGUGUCCCGAAUAAACCUCCUUCGAGCAUUCGAGUAAGGUAAUAUGAUUGGAAGACAUGUGAGGUCAGAAGUUUGUAUUCGUUGAGAUUAAAAUAAACCAGAUUAAGUCUUGAUUAAACAGAUCUUGACAUAAGAAAGGAAGGAGAAAUGUAACAUGAAAAAAUAUAUUACUAGUUCCAUCGUCUUACAUUUUUAGGCUUGGUGCACACUAUCGCAGCCGCAAAACAGGGAGCGAGCAGGACUUCGAAGUGGAACGAAUCAUCUCCCAUCGUAGCUAUAAACGACCUUAUGGUAUGGCUCACGACAUUGCUAUGUUGAAACUGCGCAGGCCAGCUCAGAUUAACAGAAAUGUGAACCUGGCCUGCUUGCCUGGGUCGAGUGGUGAAGCCCAAGUUGGAAAGACAUGCUGGGUAACAGGUAAUAAGGCUCAGAGGCCUAGUCUCCCAUUUCCUCCAUAGCUUAUACCAGUUUCCAUGCAAGAGUAUUUUCAUUCCUUCCAGACUGGAUAUUUUUCCUUGCAGGAAUAAACCGCCUCUCACCCCACCCCUUUUACCCAUUCCCGCACCGCUUUUCACCAAAAUACUGUCAUUUGAGAGGUUUCUCUGCCCGUUUGUUGGUUUUCGAGGGGUAGAGAGCGGCAGAGUGAGAAAAUAUCCCAUGGCACAACACAGUGGGACGGACUUUUCUUUUUAAGAGAAGAAGCACUCCUAUCAGAGCUCUUUUGUGGUUCGCCUUCCCCACAAACACCUGUUUAAGAGGAAUAUACAUCCCCUUGUUUCCCCGCACCGGUCAGUCAUCGAUGUCGGUGGUUCCUUUGAAAACCAUAACUGAUAGAAUUAGUAUGGUGUUGCGUGCUCACUGGAGGCCGCACGACAUUUUAAGUGAAUAUAACUAAACCAGCAACUGUAAAAGGUGCACAUAACAAAAAUAGUCUACGAAAAACGGAUACUGGGUGAAGACCAACGAACAUCCAUAAGAUCCACCGCGCUCGUUGCGGUAAAAUGUGGGGGAGAAAAUCCCGGCCCAAUGGAAAGAACUCUCCCUACCUGCCGGGCACUGUUAAAAAAAAAAAAAAAGGGUUACCUAAGUUCUUAAAGAUUGUGACACUUAUAAACUAGAUUUUUAAUUGUCUUUGACAUGGCCAUCCUUAGCGUUUUCGCUGGCCCAACGAAGGUGUCGCUUAAAGAGCCGAUCAGGAACUCCAGCAUUAGCUGCAGUGGUAGCUCCUCAAUUUACACAGUUUUUCAAUUCCAAGAGAUAUCUUCAUUAUUUUGAAUCUGAUUUUAAACAUAAUAAAAAGUACCACCAGUUCUAUUUUGUGCUUAAUGAGGAUCUCGAAAGAUGGAGCCCUUUCUUUCGUUCUGCUUUCCGUGUCCUCUCUUUAAAAAUAUCAUUGGAUGCGUAAAAAAAACCUUUUUUUAUCUUUCACUUUCCAGGAUAUGGAACACUCUCUUCAGGUGGUUCACUGGCAGACAGGCUAAUGCAAGUUGACGUGCCAAUUGUCUCACAGUCCCAGUGCAAACAAGGUUACGGCUCAUCAAUUCACGAAUCAAUGGUCUGCGCUGGAUUCCGGCAGGGAGGCAAAGACUCGUGCCAAGGAGAUUCAGGAGGGCCGUUGGUGUGUGAAAUGAGUGGAAAGUACUAUUUGGAAGGGGUGGUGUCCUGGGGACACGGAUGUGCUGCGCGCGGGAAAUACGGCGUGUACGCCAGGGUCCGUUACUUGAGGCAAUGGAUUGAUGAUACCAUGGGUAGAUACUGAGAAAUGGUGUCAUUAAAUUAUAAUCAGUCAAAAAAGUAAAGUAAAAGGAUUCUACAAUGUUUGUCUAUUAUUUAGGAAUUUUAGAGUUCUGGGUGGUUCAUUCAUGACAAAUAAACGUACAAUAGUCAGCCCUUUGAGUCCUGCGAUCGACUGCGGAUACUAAUGAAGAAAUUGGGGUAUGUCCAAGGAAAACUAAAGGACAGGGUCAUUGAAAGAGCAUUAGAGAGAUGCUUUUGUUUGGUAACGACGUGAAAAAAAAAAUAUUGUAAAAUUUCUGUAAACUCCCUAAAUGGCUUCCUCUCUUGUCUUUUCUUGAUAAUGAGACAGAAAUCUUCAAAAAAGUCC